CCGCGCCAACAAUUCCACGGCUUUUCGGAACCAGCCAGCCAGCUAGCCAGCCAGCCAGCCACUGCAUCCGCUGGCUUCCCAUCCCAGAGCGAGUGUAUUCGGUGUAGUUGUGCGCUGUCUGAGUGCGUCCGUGCGUGCGUACAUGAGGGUAGCUACGCGCCCAUCCCCGGUACCCUCGGUGUGAUCUUCUUGCCGGUGUGCAUCCGUGUGUGUGCACUGUCACUGUGAGUGCCCUUUAUUAAAACACUUAAAGUUCUCGAAAAAAAAACUCCCAGUGUGCCAGGGUCCAAGGACUUGGCUUCCCGCGUGUCGCGCCAACGGAUCGUGCCAUCAUCUAUCAAAAGCCACCAGCCAGCCAGUUCGUUCGGUUCAUCAACAUCAACAAACCUCUGUGCCGCUGUGCGCUGUCGUGCAGGCAGUCGCCAAAACAACCGCAAAACAAAACAAAAAACAAAGCAAACCCCAACGAGAAGCCCCAGCGAUGCGGCUAACGCAGUGCGUGUGGUUGCUGGCCCUGCUGGGCACCGUCCUAGUGGUGACGGUGGCGGCCAAGGAGGGCGCGAACGACCGGAAGCUCAACAUCGAUCCGGCGCUGCGCAAAGCGCUGCUGCGCGCCCUGCGCCACCUGAAGGAGCGCCAGGAGGAGGAAAGGCAGGAACAGGAACUGCUCGGUGAGGCCAACACGACCGAGGAGAACUACGCGACCACGAUCCUGGACGAGAUACUGGAGGAAAGCACGGUCGAGGAGGAGAACGGUCAGCUCAGCGAUCUGCCCGCCAGCAACAUCGACUACCACACGUACGUGGCUACGGCCGAUACCAGCAGCAGCAGCAGCAGCAGCAGCAACAGCGGUAGCAACAAAGAUACGGACCCGGGUCUAGCAACGGCAGAGACGGGCAAGGGCGUGCCGGUGGCCAGUAAUGAGGGGGAUGCCAAUGAAAUCAUCAAAACGAUCAUCAUCGCCAAACCAAAGGUUAAUCUGAGCCCUCCGAAGCAGGAAGCGGACAAUGAAAUCGUACCGGUGGCAGCCCUCAUCACCGAGGCACCGGGUACACCGGUGGCGCUCCCGGUCGUCGCUCAUGCUGACGUCACGGCUACGACGACGACGACGACGACAACGACGGUGAGCACCAGUACCGGCCGGCCGGGGCCGACCACUGAGGCACCGACGCACAACGAGGAUGGCGAGAACAUUGAGCAGGUCAAGUCGGAGGAUGUGAAAAUCCAGCAAGCACCGCUGGUGGCCGCCUUCACCGUGCAGCAGGAUCAGCUCGGUGUACCACGGAACGUCAUACCGCUACUGCAGACACCACCGAAGCAAACGUCACCUUCACAGCAACAGCAGCAGCAGCAGCAGCAGCAGCAGCAGCAGCAGCAGCAGUUACCAUCCGUCCAAAGUGCCGUCGAAUUUCAGCCUACUAGUCCGCCGCUACUGACACCACUCGUUCCACUGAGUACCAGGGCACUGGAGGAGAAGACGCGGCUACUGGAGCAGCAGCUGAUCGCACUGCAGAACGCACAACGCGCCCAGGAACAGCUGCUGCGGGCCAAGAUCCAGCAGGAGCAGGCCAUCAUCCAGCAGCAACAGCAGCAGCUGCUGCAGCAGAAGCAGCGGCUCGAGGAAGAGACCCGGUUGCGCCUCCAGCGAUUCGAGCAGGAGCAGCGCCUAUUCCGUCAGCAGCAGCAGCAGCAACAGUUCCAACAGCAACAGCAGCUCUUCCAGCAAGGACCAUUCAAGCCUCAGGCACUACCUCUACAGCAGCAGCAGCAACAGCCACUGCAACAAGCACCGCAGCCAACCUUCAUCCAGGAACUGCCGCGUCCGGGCCCGGCCGUCCAGUUCAUCCCGAGCGUGAGCCUGCCCGGUGGCAAACCGAUUCCCAUCUCCGUGGAGCAGCAGCUUCCCUUCAAGGAAGCCGUUGACUUCCAGCAACAACAGCAGCAGCAGCAGCAGCAGCAGCAGCAAGCCCAAGGUCCAAAGACGACGACCUCGAUCGAGCAGGUGAAGGCUAUCAGUCCUCAACAGCAGAAUCUACUACCUCCUCAGCUAGCCCGUGAUCAAACGUUGCCACUGAAGCCGUUCCAACCGUUUAACCUGUUCCCGGUACUGCCACCACUGCAGCUAGCACCGCUGGCGGCGGCCGGACCGAGCCCAUUCGACCAGCAGCUCCUGCCGCUGCAGCAGCGCAACCGGGUGUUCCGCCAGGAACCGGCGACCGGUAACGCUGGUCUCAACUUUGGACCUCCUCCGCAGCAACACCACCACCACCACCAGCACCAGCACCAGCAGCAGGUGCCGUUCCGGCCGUCGCAGCCGCUCAGCGACAGCCAGAACCUGCAGAACCUGCUGUUCCAGUCCGGCAUCACGUCCCGCUCGGCCGAGGACUUCAACAUCAUCACCAAGGUGCUCGCCCUCAACCACGGCAUCCCGCAGGCCUCCUCCCAGAGCAUGUUCGCCAAGCUGAGUCCGGAGCAGCAGCGGCAGCUGCUCUUCCGGAAGUGAGAGCAAGGGAACAGCAUCCCUCAUCCCCCUUUCCACCCCCCCCCCCCUCCACCCCCUUUUUAUCCCGGGGUUACCGGAUUUUCAUGCAUCGUCGAGUGUGUUGGGGCGGUGUGUGCGGUGUGUGUGCGGUGUGUGGCUCUGGGAUCGCUCUGCCAUAUUUAUUAUUGGUCCCCUCCCCAUUCACCCCUUUUGAGUUGUGCCUUUUCCCGUCUGCUCUCCGCCUCGCCACCAAUGGCUUCACGCUACCGCAUCAGCCUCCUUCUUCACCCAGCUCAGCUCGAUUCACCCCUGCCCACCCUCCACCCUCCCUAACCCCUUCAUACCACACGCACAACACGCACACCCGAAAAAAACAAAAACACACACCCCAUAUCAUCGAAUUUUCUUCAUUCUCGCACGAAUGCGUUUUCAUGUUAUUUAAGCAUUACACGGCAUGGGUCACCAGGGGGGGGGGGGGGGAGGUCGAGGAGGGUGAGUGGGGUAUCGGAAAGAUUCGGUUGGUAAAUGAAGCGACGAGUCUUUCUUGGUUUUUCUUUCCAUGGCAUCCCUUCCAUCGCUGGUUGGCGAUCACCAGCAAGCACAGGCGGGAAGGAAACGGGGGUUAUCUUCUCCUCUUAAUACUCUUACUCCCACCCCCACCCCCAACCCCCCCCCCCCCCCAUGUUACCCACGGUGCCGCGUGGGGAGAUUAUUAGGUAAGAAAUGGCUCGGCUCGCUCGGUCGCUCGACAAUAUCCGACACACCGGCAUCCGAUUCCGCACGUUCGAGACGUUUCCGACUUUGACAAAAGUAGUAGUAGCAGGCUAUACGUAGUAGGGACGAUGGGGCGGGCCAAGCGGGAGCGCUGAAUUAGCUUGUAAUAAACGU